UCGGAUAAAAUUCUAGUGUAUACAAUAUGCAGGAGCACCUGAGAGUUGAUUGGUCUAGCGGUCAGGUCCUUUGGUUUGCUCCCAAGUGGUCUGGGGCUCCACUCUCUCACAAUACCCACCUAGCAAAUGCUAGAGUUUCUCGCUCACCAAAUGUUCUGAGAUCAGGCGGGGUUCUAGUAAUUAGUGUGGUCAAACUCUCGGAUACACUAGUUUUAAAAAUAAGCGUAUCAUUAAGCCUGUGGCAGAUCAUUUGGUAAUGAUUGAUGAGACUUAAAUGGCUAUUUGAUGAAUGAUGAUGUGCACUUUUGAUACAACCAAGUUACCUUGUUGUGUUACCAAUUAGGAGAAAACUUCAGUGCGGUCACAUGGUUCACUUCGGCAUUUGCCUCCACAUUCACACCAAGCGAGUUAUUUCUUCGCGCAGGUGAGCCUUACUGAAGUUCCUUUCCCGAGCUAAGCCAACAAAGCCUCCUUUUAGUUUAAAGGAGGCAUGAGAUGGUCCAAUCAUCUGGGCCUUGACCGCACAAAAUAAAAGGGAUGAGAAUGACACCCAAACAUGAGGGCAUACAAUCUGCCUCCAAUCAUUUGAACAAGCCCUUCCUUUUGUAGUACUUUUUAUUUAUUUUUGGCACGAACAAUAACAUUCUUAGCUAUACUCCGGUUGUAUAUUUUCAUGCGUUUAUAUUACGUAAAGAUAUUUCAUGCAUCUAUAUCGUGUAAACGGUAUGUGCAGUCGGUUAUAAGUUAGCUACUUACAUGAUGAAUAGAUCAUCAUGGUUAGAUUAUCUCAUUUGAACUUGAGUUAAAAUUUAGCUACUUUGGUGAUGAAUCAUGAUGAAUAGAUCAUCAUCGUUUACGUAUCAGUAACUAAUAUUAACGGUUCAUGAUGAGCAAAGAAACCGAACUCUCUUGCUUUCGCGCAACCACCGAAAUGGAAACAACCAACAGCGAAGAAACAGUGACGGAGUCCGGCUCGGACUGGGCCGAGUUGACCAAGGAGUGCCUGAUCAACAUCCUGGGACGGCUCACCCUGGAGCAACGAUGGAUUGGGCCGAUGCUGGUCUGCAAGCCGUGGCUGCAGGCGUGCAAGCAGCCCUGCCUCAACUCCGCCUUCCACCUCGAGCCGCCGUCCGAAUCCGCACGGUGGUGGACCCCGGAGUUCGAGCGGCGGGUCGAUUCCAUGCUCCGAUCUGUCGUCGAUUGGAGCGCCGGCUCGCUGAAACAGAUCCGCACCACGCACUGCUCCAAUCAGUCUCUCUCGCUCGUCGCUCAGAGGUGCCCGAACCUCGAGGUUCUUUCGAUCAAGAACUGCUCGAAUGUGACUGAUUCGUCCAUGGCUGAUAUAGCGUUUCGCUGCCCCAUGAUCCGGGAACUUGACAUCAGCUAUUGCCACGAAGUAUCUCAUGAGUCUCUGGCGUUGAUUGGGAGGAACUGCCCAAAUCUGAAAAUCUUGAAACGGAAUAUGAUGAAUUGGUUAGAUCCAUCCGAACACACUGGAGUUGUUCCGGACGAAUACUUAAACACUUGGCCUCAGGAUGGAAAUUCAGAAGCUGCUGCAAUUGGCAAAUCUAUCCCAAAUUUGGAGCACCUUGAACUUCGAUUCUCAAAGGUAUCGGCUAAGGGGUUUGCUUUGAUAUCUGUAGGAUGUCCAAAUCUCGAGUACUUGGAUUUGUUUGGGUGUGUGAACUUGACUCGUCGGGAUAUUGAGAACGCGACAUCCAAUUUGAAGAAUUUGAAGGAGAUUAAAAAGCCAAACUUUUACAUUCCACGGUCAGUUUUCCGUACAGAGAGGUAUGGCCAUUGGAGGUAUGAUGAGCGAUUUCAGAUAGAUGCUUUCACAAUCUAGUCUGCUAAGCUCGGAAAUAAACCAUGUAUGACCGUGUCGUGCUGCUCUGAUCAAUUGUGGGAGAAGUAUAUUGUAUAUGCUGGGGUGUGAAGCUCUUUACAAAGGUUCUGUAUCUCUUCCACUUCUACUUAUAGAAAACCAUGUAUUACUGCUUUUUUUCUCUUCGUAUUUAGUUUCUUGCUUUCGUUUUA